AUGUCUUUCAUCAAAUCCGCCCCCCGCCAAGCCCUCGACGCCAUCCUCAUCUCCUUCGGCCUCUGCCUCUGCAUCCCUUUCCUGCUACGCUGCUGCGACGCGCUGUCUGACACUGUGAAUAACCGCGAAGACCGGCGCCAGGUACGCAUCACAGAGAACUCGGCGCAAGUGAUAAGCCGGCCGAGAACUCGGCUGUUCUUAGAUCCGCCGAUAUGCCCAUCCCCCCAACUUGAAGACGAAGCGGUACGAGAUAGCGAUGACCAAUCGAGUUUCCUAACGAAAUUACCCCCGGAGGUUCGUCUACUGGUGUACGAGUACGUAUUCAGCGGCGGCGUUCACGUCCGCAUCACAACAACGGGGGGCGAGCAUCCGAGGCCGCUGCUGAGGGGGCGGUGGUGUGGCCAGCCUGCUGAUUACCCCGGGGUGUGUGAAGGGGGAUGUGAUGGACUCUCAAACGACUCGAGCAUUCUCUCCCUCCCGCUCACGUGCAAGACAAUAUACUCCGAGUCCAUCGCGCUGUUGUACACUUGGCCCACCUUCCACCCCGCGGAUGCCAACACGCUGCUAUGGAUGCGGGCGCGAUUGCGUCCAGACCGGUUCCAAGCCAUCCGCGCGCUGCGGCUGCGGUAUGAAGUAAAGGCGUAUAUGCAUAGCUUGUCGUUUCCUCGAAUUACCAUCGAAAACGCUGUGUGGGCUAGUUACGGCCACGAACUAGGCAAUGCGCACGACUGGCGUCAUGUGUGGGCCGUGAUUGCGUCUAUGCAGAGCCUCCGGCAGCUGUAUGUUGCGGUGGUGCUGAUUAAGAGGUAUGAAAGGAUUUGGAAUCGUGAGGAGGCGGAGUUGCUGGAGGUUGUUGGGCGUGUUGUGCGGCCGGAGGAGUUUGUGCUUGUGCUGCCGUUCGCGAAGGUUCCGCGUGGAGUUCGUGGUAGGGAUCUGGGGGCGUCGAGGUGUAGGGUUGUGGUGCCGCAGAGGGAUGGGUGUGAUGGGGAUGAGCCUGAGGCGGGGAUGUGUAGGAUUCCGGCUACCGUAUACUCUCGUAUGUAG